GAUACUGUACAGAGAGAAGAGCAGAUCUGAUCAUCAUAAACAACAAAGAGGAACAAGUGAGUGAAAGAUUGUGCAUUUGAUAGUAUGCAGCUAAAUGUGAGAUGGUCAGAUGUAAUGUGUCUGUUUAUGAUAUAAAUGUGCAACUGUUUUGUCUGCUCAGGAUUUUGUUAAAAACAUGUCUGGUGCUGCUAUAGUUUAUAUUGGUCUGACUGAUGUUACCGGUCUCAAACAGGGAGAGAUGAGAGCUAGUAACUGUAGGAAAUGAUGAGAUACACACAGAUUAGAAUCUGCAGCGUUCUGGCGCUUUCUUUAAUGGCUUUGCCCUUUGACCAGAACAUAAAUCCCGCAUCGUUCUAGUGUAAUGCGCCACCUACAGGCAUUUUACAGAAGACACUAAAACUCAUAUAACAUUUAGAACACAUUUUUAAAGAGUCUCUUAAAGAAUAAAUCUGAUGGAGGAGAGGGAAAAAAAAAAAAAUUUUGGGGUACCCAGUAUUUCUCAAUUUUCAGUCUAUUACACUGACAAUGAUCUGGAGGGCAGCUGGAAAUGGGUUGAUGGCAGCACACUGACCUCUGGGUGAGAAAUCACUGAACUGAGCUGAUUAUUAUGAACUGAUUAUUAUCUAAUAAAUGAUUCUCACAGUCAGUAUCAUUUCACACAGAGAGCAGCACUGAACAUCUAAUGCUGAUCUGUAGUUUCAGCUUCUGGGAGUCCAGUGGACAAAGAAUUGAGCCAGAUGGCGGAAAAGCAAAGAGAACUGAGUAUCUCAAUUUAGUAGGAUGGAUUGAUGUUCCAUGUAAUAGAGCUUUUCGAUGGAUCUGUGAGAAGAGGAUUUCACUGUUUGAACAUUUUUUUGUAAACACACUGCCAUUGGAACAUCACACACCUUUUUGACAAUUUCAACAGUACAAAACUUUUGUAAUAACUGAUUCUAAUCUAAAACAGUGUUUCUCUACCUUGUUUCUGGAGGUAAGCCAAAACUGCAAAUUUGUAAUAUCUCCUUGGUCAGACACCCAUUUCAUGUGCUGGAGUUUCUUCUAAUGAGCGGAUGAGUUGAGUCAGGUGUGUUUCAUUAGUAAGACAUACACUUCUGGAGUCUCAUUUUGUGUUUCAUAUGACCAGAAAUAACUUGUGAGUGAACAUCACAGAGUAUUCUAUCAUGUGAGAUUCCAGUCUUCAGUUAUUAUUUGCACAUUAUUCAGUUAUACAUCACCAGUCAUUGUGAAUCACUCCAGUAGUUUUUGAAUAAAAUAAAGGUGGUAAAAAGAAGGCUGCAUUAUUAUUAAUUCAUCCCAGGUUUGGUUUGUAAACAUUUUUCAUAGAAAUAAAGUAUGUGAGAUAUGAUAGUUGCAAUACAAACAUGAUUACAGUUAGGAUCAAACACAAAUAUGAACUCAUUAAAUUUGUAUUUUGUUACAGAAGUAUAUUAUCGCAUCAAACCUUAAAGGGGUGGUUGACUGUUUUUUUUUCUAGGCUUGAUUGUGUUUAUGGGGUGCAGUUUAACAUGUGUUAAUGCUUCGUUUAAAAAAAAAAAACACAUUAUUUUUCACACAAUUCACCUUCAUUCCACACCGAUUCAUUCCAUUCCUCUGAUAAAAACGCUCAUUAUUUGCUGGUUUUAUGAAGCCCCUCCCUCAGAAAUAAGUGAUGGGCUCGGAUUCCCAGCAGGCACACAACGUCAUAAGACGUUGAUAUUUGGUUAAAUUUUGGUUGCGACGUCGGGUGACCAAAAUUCAAUCUUAAAUUGAUGUCCAAUACCGACGUCAGCUGACGUUGCGAUUUUGUUGUUUUUAGGUUGUGUAACUGUAACCAAGGUUACUAUUACUCAUAUCGAACCUAUGAAACAAAAAGAAAAGAACGAUUUUCAUAUAAAUAUUUAAUUACUUUAUUUUGAUGUUUAAGAAAUUAAAUAUUGCUCAAUAAAUAAUAGUAAAUGAACAGACUAGAAAAAUAAAUAAAUUGAACCAUUCGGAUUAGCUCCGCCCUGAGUGGGUUAGAGAAGAGAGUCUCGUCACGGAGAAAAAAAGUGAAAUGGCCGCUGAAGCAGUGAUGCAGAUUCAUUUGCAGUUGUGAAGUUAAAGUAAGUGGGAACCUAGAUUAAUAACUGAAAUCAGGACCAUUAUUGACAUCGUUGACAGGAAAGAGUUGUUUAAAUAAUUGUCAUUGCAUUUGUAUUGAAUCCAAGGAUUAAACUAGAAGUUGAGCUGAUUCAUCCGACGAAAACGGCGUUCGAACAGAUUUUCUUGAUUCAUCUGAGAUUAUUUCUAAUCAUUAGCACUUUAUUCUUGGUAAGUGAGUUCAUAAACUACCUUAAUUAGUUAUAGUUUGUGUAUUGUUCACUCUUUUGUGGUCUUAAAUGGUACUGAUCUGUAUAAUUCUUGAGGAAUAUAUUUAGAAAAUGUGAUUUAAGUGGUAAGUUAAGAGUUUAUUUGCUGCUAAAAAUGUUUUAUGCAUAUUUGUUGACUUCAUGAGUGUAAUGUGUGUAACACAGCUCACGUGGAGUUUUGCUAGCCAUGUGGAACGAGCUAUAAAAGCUAAUUGAGCUUUUAAGACGUCAUUUUCUUCAUUUUUAGCCCAUAGUUGUUUCUAUUAGGGUUGAAAAGGGUGAUAAGCACUAGUAAAUGUGUAUAUAUAUUAAUUUUGAAGAAUUUGUUGUGAUAAUUGCCAUUUGAAGUGUUAAUGCUGUUUAAAGAGAAUUAAUUGUAAUUAAUUGUUUUUUUUCUGCCUUGUCUUUGCAAGGUUGGGUUUUUUUUUUUUUUCCCCUCUCUCUAUUUUCUGUGUUUCCGGUCCUUGAUAUCUCUCCUUGAAAGUAACGAGGAGUUCUGAGUUGGAACUGUUUCUGCCGUCGGCAAGGAGUGCUCAACAUUGGUGGAAACUGGCGGGCCAACCUGGUUUUCCUGAAUUUGGACAAUUUCAUGUUUCAUCGAUGUGGUAGGACCACACGUAUCAUUUUUUCCUUCCCUGGACGUUAUUGCAACUGUGAACAAGAAGUUUUUUUUCCCUCCUCUCCUUUAACUGAACGUAGAAACAGGACGGACCCUGAACUGAGCUAAAGUCCUAUUUAAUUGUUUGAGUCAUUUCUGAUUCUGACUCUGAUUUGGUGUGUCAUUGAUUGGACGGUUUAUCUGAAAUUAUCUCUAUUGCUGUUUCAUUUUUUUAUUUUAUUUUCCCAUUUUAUUUAUUGAAAUUUUUCAAAAAAAGAAAAAAGUGAAUACAAAGGGAAUUGAGUUGAACAAUUUAACAUUUUGGUAUUGAAUAUACACUUUGUUUAGCAAUUAUGUGAAAAUAAGAAGCAAGAGAAGCAAGGUCGUUUAAAAGUAGAUAGUUAUCAAGCUAAGGAAUUAGAGCAGCUAAAUUGAGUGAACCAGAAUUAACUAAAUAUCUAACUAUAUAAAUAAAUAACACACAGGGAGUCAUUAUUUGAGUAAAAAAAAUAGCUUUAUUCCAAGGAAUUUAUUUCAAGAGGUUUCUUUUGUGAAUUUAUUGAAGCUGUCAUUUUUUUUGUUUUCCCCUUUGUUGUUGGUUUUCUUCAACGUUUCACAAAUUAAUACAAGUAUAAAAAAACCCUUACCUUUUGAGUAUAAAAGAAAAAAAUACUUGCCUUUCGACUACAAACCUGUCUUUUGUGAUUAUUUCCCUUGUCUUGCUGCAAUACUGGCUCAAGAGCGAACGUAGACUUCUGAUCUGGUCCGAGACAUAGUAAACACGUAGACUGUAGGACGAGUGCUACAUAACCAAAAUCCAACGUUAAAUCAAUGUCACGCUUCUCGGAACGAUGAGCUUUGUACAGGGUUCCCACGGGUCCUUGAAAUCCUUGAAAGUUUGUGAAUCUGAUUAAAAAUUUUCAAGUCCCUGGAAAGUUUUUGAAAAUGAACAAACAUAGAUACAGGUCCUUGAAAAUUCCAUAUUAUUCCCUCCGGUCCGCUAAUGUGUUAUUUUGCCAACACUUUGUGCAUACUAGCUUGCUUGAUUUACGUUGCACAUUUAUGCGUUACGUUAAGUGUUUCCCACGUGAGGUACUUUGUGUUGUUCGUUACCAUGACGUUCACACGCACACGGAACUACUAAAAUGGUACCUCAACGUUUCACAGACACACCGUGAAACACUGCAAAAAUAGGCUGAAACCGCUGAAACGUGAUGACUGGAAAAUGCAAGUUUCAAGAUAUUUGGCUCACCAAAGAAGAUUACAAAGAAUGGCUUGCCAGAGAUCCAAAGGAUGUAAUGUUGAAUUGCUUUGCUUGUUAAGAUAAUGUAAAGCCAUGAGGCAAGAAAAACUUAAAAGCAUAUUCAUAUAUCUUAAAACUUCUGGUUACAUGAGCCUAAGCUCUUUUCAAUAAAAUCCAUGCAAAAGUUAAUAUCAGAUCAUUUUAUAAUACAGUAUAGUAUGUACCAAAUAUUAUAAAAUUUUAUGCAAAACAGAAAUAUGACAAAUAUCAGAUUUCUCUCAUAUGGACAAAAAUAAAUGCAAAAAAAUAAAAUAAAAUUGCUUUUUUGCAUAGUUGUGUUUGACACAUGAAAACUGUAGCAAUGUAUCUUACAAGGUGACGCGAUGUAACCUUUGCUCUUACUUGAAAUGUGUCCCCACAUUAAGUCCUUGAAUUUGAGGGUAUUGGACCUGGAACGUCCUUGAAAGGUCCUUGAAUUUGAAGUUAACCAAGGUGUGGGAACCCUGCUUGUAAAAAUCGGCGCGUUUCAGAAAGGCGGAGCAUAGAGGAGCAACAAUAAUGUACAGUGUGUGUAAAUGUUUUUUUUAACCUCGAACAGCGUAAACGCAUUGCAUUACACCAAAUACACACAAUAAUGUUAUUUUUAGCAACAUCAUAUGACCCCUUUAAGUAUUUGCUAUAUAACAAACAUUGCUAAAGCAUGGAGUUAAAGAUGGCAUUAAGUUGUGGUCAGGUGAGCGUAAAUGGGUGAACAAUCUAACAGUUGGUUGUGGUUACAGAUGAAUGGAUUUAUUUUCAAUCCAGUUUUUACCACUUGUCCACUGAGAGGAAGACAGCAGACAAGACUGUCAGAAGAGAGGAGCAGAUCUGAUCAUCAUAAACAACAGAGAGAAAAAUGUGAGGUUUGUGUACAUUUGUGGUGUUUAGCUUCUAAAUGAAAGAUGCAGAUGGAAUGUGUCUGUUUUCCGUUAAUGAUAUAAAAGUGUAACUGUUCCAAAUGCUGAGGAUUUUGUUAAGAAAAUUACUGGUCCUCCAUGAGCAGAAAUGGACACCCCGAUCUAAAAGAAAUACUUGUUAAAGCUUUUUAUCUGGAGAAUUAAAAUGUUAAAAUGAAAAUCCUGCUCGCACUUAUUCAUAUAAUGGAAGUGAAUGGUGAACCACAUUCAAGCUUCAAAAAACGUAUGCAAAAAUACUAUAUAAUUAUCCUAUGUGUCUAUACAGAGUAUAGCCAGAGUCUUUUGUAGAGCCAUUUUGUCUGUUGAUGUUAUGAAAGAUUUUUGAUUUAUUGUCAUUUUUUAAUAAACUAACUUUAAUGUAAUACUAUGAGCUGAUGUUAUUUUUGACCAUUCUCUCAUUAUGUUUAGCACAAGUGGUAAGCUUUGGCACAAAUGUUACUGACAAAAGUUCCUUUAAAAAGUCUACCUUCUUAAAAACUACUAAAUAAUUCAAAUUGAUGGAAGAGCAUGUAAAAACAGCUGAUGCUAAAACCGUUAACGAUAUAUUGAUCAACUCUCUGGACUUUGAUGUACCAGCAACAACCUAAAAGCUAUUAAAAUUUUGAAAACAUCAACUAUUAAAAUUAAUAUAUGCAUUUGAACCUCAUUUAAAUGAACACAACCCACAUUAUUGAAACAAAUAUUGUCCUUCUGCGGUAAGUUAAAGUUCCUAUAUGCAUAAAUACUGGCCACAUAAACACAAAUGAGGAGCAAAAUACAGUCCACUCCAGAAGUUAGUGGAAAACCUUUCACAAGACUGGUAAUAACCAAUGAGACUAAAAUACACUUAAAACAAUGGGCCUCAUUCAUGAAACACGAGCAGAAAUAUAUUUUUUUUUGUAAAUUGUUCGUAAAGCCGUUCUGAUGUAAACUUUCGAAUUCAUGAAAAUGUUCGUAUUUUCAAAAUGUUAGUUUGUACGAAAGAAAUUUACAUGUGCAAAUGGUGCAUAAAAUGUUAUGUGUUCUUUCUGGCAAACUGAUGACACUGAAUUUUGAUGCACUGCUAUUACAAUAUUUUACAAGUUUGUUUGCUGCUUUUAAUAAAAAAAAAAAAAACAUUUAUAAACUGAAAAGUUGAUAAACUGUUUAGCUCCGGUUUAGCUUUGGGUUGAACACAGCGCUUGUCACUGUCACUUUUUACCCAGCCGUCCAAUCAAUGUCCGACUUUCUAUCCAUUAGGCCAGGGGUUCCCAAACUUUUCAAUUCCACGACACAAGUAGAAUCUAUUUCAAGACCCACCAAAAUAUUUGAGAUAAACAAUUGACAUUACUAUAAGCUUAAUCUUAAUUAAAAGCAUAAUAUGGCAGAAAUUAAGUAUAAGAAAAAUAACCAUUUUAUUUUAUAGUACCACUGUAAAAUUUCACUACUAAUAUUUACAGAUGUUAAUGAGUCUAUGAAAUAUGUCCAUAAAACCUCGAAACGCGCUCACUCCGGUGCGGCUGAACUGAAAACCGAGAUGACAAAUUUACUUCAGCCAGAAAUUAACUUUUGCAAUGAUUAAAUAAAUGUACAGCUAUAUCUUCAAAAUAUUUUUUAACACAUCUUUUUUCUCUAUACAGCCUAGUGAUGAUAUGGCAAGGAAAUAAUAGGACAUUUUGUAAAUUCUGUUCUGCUAGCAUGUUUGUAUAGUGUUACAAUUUAACCCCACAUUUGUGCCCCACUCAACCCGUACAUGUGAAAUGCUUUUUACAGACAGUUUAUGGAUUAAAUGCAUAUGAAGGAACAAAAACAACAAACUCUUUACAUCUCUCGGAAAGAUACAGCGCCGAGUUCAAACAGACGAUAGAAAUGAAUGAGCAUAGCCUACCUGAAACAUUUGAAUUUUCCGGUGUAUGCAAUCUCACGCAGAACACAGCAGUGAAGUGAGCGAGUUUCUUCUCAUUAAUAAUGCAGACCAAGCAUUUUAAUAAUGAACCUUCGCUCUGAGACCCUCACUGUUAUUACAACUUGUGUGCGCCCGAGCUUCAAAACACGCAACACAUAUUUUAAAUCCCGGCCUUUGCGAUUCGAAAAUCGCACUGAGCAAUAUCACAAUUUGUAAUUAAUCUUUGUAUUACGUCCAGCCCUAGGAACUGUGUGUGUGUCAUUUAGCUGCCACCAAGUGGCUUUGUGCGACCCACCUUGUCCCACUCUGACCUUCAGUUGCCAUGAGUGCCCCAUUGAUCAUUCAAUGAAUUUAGACAGUAUUUCUAAUUAAGAACUGACACAAACAUUGAUUUAUGUAUUCAUGUAGAUAUUUGGUUAUUCUGAAUAUCCCAUACUUUCAAUUAUUCAGCCAUCAGGGACCCAAUGUCACAAUUGAGUCUCACGCUGGCCAUACGUGGAUCUCAUGAUAACACAAACUCGCCAGUCUGAUUUUAAUCAGAGGCUGUAGGUUGACCAAUGCCUUUAAGUCUGCCGCCUACUGAUUGCUCUUGACAAAAAGUUUAGAUUACUUAGUCUUUUCCCAUACAAUUUGCUAAAUCAAAAUGUCUCUGAUGAAGUGCCUACUGCUCCAUUCAUCCAGUGUGACCUACCCUGGCCAUAAAUUUGAGGGAACAUCAGCCUCCACAUGAUCUACUAGCCAUAAUGAUUUCUGGAGAGUUCAUAAUCAAUCAAAUAUAACCUUUUAUUUGUCAGGUAAGAAUGUAUCAUGCCAAUUUCAUAAUGAAAAAAUUAGAAGCCAGUUGACCCUUCGCAAAAACCCUCCUUCCUUAGUUACUGUUGCUAUGUCCGACAAGCCAUGGCGCUCUCACGCCACACAUCAUGUUCUCAUGCAGUGAAAAAUACAUUGCGAAGCAAAGAGGACACUAACAACAUGCCAACAGACAAGACAGAGCUGGUUACUUACUAGUCUCAGAUUUCAAAUUUUGUAAUUUUUUAAGAAAUUUGAACAAUAAAUACAAUUUUGUGGCUCUUUAAUGUGUCGUGACAGAUUGCUGUAGAGCCUCAGUUCAAGUGGCACUCUUUUCAUAUUUACUUACAAAAUAAAAAUAAACAUGAAUGAACAUCAGAAUGUGUUUUAUUUCAACCACGGAAAGACGUCAAUACACACAAUUUUUCAAGUUUAAGUCCACUGAAGUUGCUCGAUACUCUCCUGUCUGAUUUGUUUGUUGGACAAAAUGGCGGAUUCAGUGUUAUGAUUGGUCGGAUCACCUGUCAAUCAAGCUCUUUGCGAAGGGUCAGUUCAGAAAGGAUAAUGCAGUGUGUAUGGAUUUCAUGUAGUGUCUAUAGUUAAUUUUCACUCCUACAUCUUCAGAAAAAGUUUUAUUUUCUUUCCCCAUGUAAUGAAGUUAUGUUUUCCAUGACAACUCAUGUUUUAAUAAUGGCAUGACUUACAGGAGGAAAUUUUGGAGCCAAAGUACUUUUCGACCUUUCAGAAAUGUUGGUUUUGGAGAACAUUUGGAAAACAUUUUGAAUAAUCAAACAGUGGCAGGUUCCUGGUAUAAUUAUUAAACUUCUAAAAAGAACAAACCCCUCUGUGACAUUCUGAGGUGAACUGAACUUCCUGUACAUGCGUAUAAGUACUUGAAAUGUUUCCACACAUCAGGAAACACAUCAGGAAUAUAACAAGGUCUGCCUCAGAAAAGCUUCUGUUGUUAUUUACUUAUCUUUAUUUGUUAGUUGGUAUAUAAAAAUAGUCUACGUUUAGGUUGUAUUUUAGAACUCUGACUUCUCUUCACUGGAACUAUUUGAAAGUGAAUAAAGGUAUGGCUCAGAAAAUGGGCAUGAGAGAGAGACAAAGGAAAACAGAUGAUAUCUAUGAAAAUGCUGAUGCUAUAAGAGGUGGAAUCACAAUGGAGAUAGAAGAUUUGAAUACAAUGAGAAUACAGCCAACUGAACACACAGGAAGUGAUUGUGUGAAGAUCAGAAGCUCCAGAUCAGCUGUAGUGUGUUUGGUUCUGCUGUGUGUUCUUCUGCUGACCGCAGUCAUAGUGCUGUGUGUCCAAGUCUUUACAAACAUCGACCUGUUUCAAACCAAGGGCAAAAACAUCAUGGAAGAAAGACACCAGCUACUAACCAGGAACAAAAACCUCACAGAAGAGAGAGACCAGCUACUGUCUAAGAUUACUAGCCUUUCAGGAGACAGAGACUGGCUACUAAACAAGAACAUUAAUCUGACAAAUGAAAAAGAUGAAUUAAUAUCCAAGAAUGACAACCUGAUUAAACAAAGAGACCAGUUAAACCAGGAGAUAAACGAAAUGGUGAACAGUCUCCAUGAAAUAGAUGGAUGGAUUUACCAUGAAUUCAGUUAUUACUACAUUUCCUCUGGGUGGAAGAGCUGGACUGAGAGCAGAAGAUACUGUACGGAUAGAGGAGGAGAUCUGAUCAUCAUAGACAACAGAGAGGAACAAGAAUUUGUUAAUAACAUGUCUGGUGGUGCUGAUGUCUGGAUUGGUCUGACUGACAUUGAUGAAGAGGACACAUGGAAAUGGGUUGAUGGCAGCAGACUGACCUCUGGGUUCUGGUCGUUUGGAGAGCCAAAUGGACACAGAGGAGAGAACUGUGCUCUAAAUAAUCCAUCAGGAUGGGCUGAUUAUCCAUGUAAUAAUGCUUUUAAAUGGAUCUGUGAGAAGAGCAUUUUACCCACCAUACUGCCCUAGGAACAUCAUAUACAGUUUGUUUAGAUAAAUCAACAUCUGUAUAUUGUACUUUAAAAACACACACCUGUUAAACAUUAAAUAUUUAAUAGAGAAAAAAUGAUUGCUAAGGUUUGGGUAGCUUUGUUUUGUUGUGAUUCCAUAAUGAAUCAAUUUGGAAAUACAAAUAAAAUCUCUGUUUUGAAUACUGUAAACCCUAACAGUGAACUUAAAUUAAACAAAUUUAAGUAUACACUUUUUUUAUAUAAAAAAAAAAUCA